AGAGUGACGUUCUUUGAAAAUUGUAGCGGGCGCCGUGGUUGCCAGCGUUGCCCGUUGUUUUUCCGGUCUUAGGUGAGGGGGUGUCCUGGGAGUCGGGCGCGGGGUUCCGAACAAACGGUUUCGUGUGGAGGAGUGAUCCGCGCUACUCGAGUGAAGCCAUGUUGAAGAUGGUGGACCCCGUGAGAUUGGAAGAAAAUGCCAAGAAGAAGCUUGAAGAAUUCCUGCACAGUGUUAACAACAGAGACUUUGUGUGGUUGGAUGAGAUUCUUGAGGAAGCUACCAAAAUGUUCAACAGCAUCUCCGAUGGGGAAUUUGAGCUGAUGCCAAAAACCCCAUCACAGAAGAAUCGUCGGAAAAAAAAGUGCUUUUCUUCUGUUAACAAUGACCAGUUUGCUACAAAGAGAUUGUCAAAAAGAAACAGUACUCUGUCAUCUUCUAAAAAGUCUUCCCGAAGUCUCCAGCAUGAAAACUUGAAUAUUAUGAAGGCUGAUGUAGAGAAUGCCUCUCCUUGUCGUUAUGUUACUAGAUCUCGGGCUGCCUCAUUGGUCAGGGCCUCAGAUGUUCCUCUUAAGAAGCUAUCUAUUGAUUUAGCCAAAGAUCGGAUACCACUAGUAGAAAUCAGUGCUAAUGAGAGGCGCAGUGCAGAACUGGAGAUGAAAAAAGCACCACCCCAGACCGAGAAAGUUGCUUUGACUCUUGUGUCAUGUCAUGCGGAGUCUCCUAUAAAGAGCUUGCAGCCGUUGUCCAAAGCUUCUUGCCUUGUGGUCAAAGAAACCCCAGAAGCAAAACUAAAAGAGAGAAGGGGAGCAUGCAAGUUGAAAAUAGCAAAUGUACCCGGAGCCACAACCACUGAAAACAAAGAACUCAGCACUCAGGAGAAAUUGCAUGCCCAGCACCAAGAGGCCGGCCAACCUUCCGAAACAGGGGCCAUUCAGAACUUUAAUCAGAGCCCAUUGACACCCACUGCUGCAAAAGCCAACCGUCACUCAGUCCGUCGAAGCCUUGUGGGCAGGGCCUCGCUGCACUCUAAAGCCUCUCUGGUUGAGAGAUACUCACUAAGUAUCAAAAGGGAAAAAAUGAUCCAGACGUCUAUUAGCAAGACUCUGUCAAAGCGGAAAACAUCCCGGCAGUUGUCACUUGCUGGUAGGCGUGUGAGCUGUCACAUUGCUGUAGCUGAACAAACUACUGAACCUGGGCUGAAGUUAACUCCAACUUCUCAUGAGGUUGAGGAGAACCCCUGUAUGUCUCUUUGUUCUCACAAGGCCAGCAUGACAGCAGUUACCAAACCUAUGGAGCAAGAAGAUGACAAAGGGGACAGUUCUGAAAAGAAUGAUGAAGUACAAAAUCAACCUCAGAGUGCAAGGAGAAAGCCAAGCUAUAAAAGAGCAGUUAAUGAGCGUGAUGAGGGGCAGCACUCAGAAGAUGAGUUCUCCCCCCCAAGGAAAAGGGCUCCAUCUCCACAGUUUCCUGCCAGCAAGGCUGUCCGCCCUUUCAAGACAUUCUUGCACACAGUGCAUAAGAACCAGAUGCUCAUGAUGACUCCUGGCUCGGUGAGCCGAAGUGGCACCAUAAAAUCAUUCCUCAAACAAAACACACCCCUCCGAACCACUCCCAAGGAAAAGGAGAGGCAACGGUUAGAGAAUCUGAAGAAGAAAGAAGAGGCUGAACAACAAAGAAAACAGAAACUGGAGGAGGAGAAAAAAAGGCGGUUGGAGGAAAUGAGGCGGAGGCGUGAAAUGCGCCUUCACAAGGUGCUGCAGGCUCGGGAGCGGGUAGAGCAGAUGGAAGAGGAGAAGAAAAGGCGGUUUGAGCAAAAGCUUGCUCAGCACGAGAAGAACGAGAAGGUCCGAGAGGAAAAACUGGCAGAGGACAAAGUUAAGAAGAAGGUAGCUGUCAAAAAGUUGGAAGAACUUGAAGCCCGGCGUAAACAAGAGGAGGAUGCCCGUAAGCGGAGAGCACUGCAACUGGAGGAAGAAGAGCGUAGACACAAGGAGCAAAUGCAGAAGAAAGAGGAGGAGGAACAAGAGAAAACUAGGAAGAUCGCGGAGCAGCGUCAGUUGGAGCUAGAAAGGGAGAAAAAGCUGUGUGCUGAGAGAGAACUGGAGAAGAAGAGAGAGCAGGAAAAACUCCAAGCACAGCGGGAGCAUGAACGGCAAGAGAAAAUGAAGGCUGCUCAAUUGCAGCGGGAGGUUUUAGCAGCAGCCAAAGAGAAGGAGCAGCUCGGAAAAUUGCUGGAGGAGAAAGAGAGGAAAUUGCAGGAACAGCGGAAGCAAGACGAGCAGCAACAGAAAGCGGUGGCAGAGGCCAAGGCUGCCAGCAAACAACUGAAUGUGACGGUGGAUGUUGAGAACUCACCUGCCUGCAAGUCCUACCAGAUGACACCACAAGGUCCAAAACAGUCUAAGAUUGAUCUGAAUAAUUAUGGCAUGGAUUUGAACAGUGAUGAUUCAACAGAUGAUGAGAGUCAGCCCCGCAAGCCCAUCCCUGCUUGGGCUACUGGAAAUCAACUGAGCCAAGCAAUCAUACGCCAAUAUUACAAUCCACCUGACACCAAUGCACUCUUUGGGGUUGUGAAGAGCCCCAAAUUGGAAGAAAUCUUCCAUAAUAGCAAGCCCCGUUACUUCAAGCGCACCAGUUCUGCAGUGUGGAACUCUCCACCAUUCCCACAUGGCAAAACUGUACCAUAUACUUUCAAGAGAUGAAGUUUUUUAGAGCUGACAGGUAUUGGAGUUUUUUAUGCAAGAAGAAGUGGAUUGAGUUUUAAACGUGGAACUAUUUUUCUUACCUGUAUUAAUAAAUAUUGUGCUCUGUUAGAGCUCUUACGGCGG